ACCGGAAGUGAGUUAUAUUCUCGCGACCUUACACCUGUCCAGAGGCAGCAGUUUUGCAGUUGGCCUUCAGAUAAAGACAAGCUCAGGAUAAAGGUCUGCAAGCCCAGUGAGUAUCGUCCAAUGAUGUCUGCUGAAAUACCCAUGGAGAGAUCGAGUCCAUCUGCAGAUGCCUCCCCAGCGUCCAUCUUACCCACCUCUGGAAUCACCGGUGUGGAGCACCAGGGGCACAGACCAGGUCUGCUGCCCUGUCAGGGUGAACCAACGCUGGGCAACACUCAUCCUUUAGUGUCCUGUCUCCUGAGCCCUGAUGAUACCAGUCCCAUUGGACAGCUCCAGCUUACUGCUGCCAACAUGGACACUGACGCCUCUCAGACCAUCAAUCUACCCAUACAGCAAGCUCCAGAUCAUCCGUAUGAGCUGGUCCAGCAGCAAAUUGAGCAGAUCCACAAGGUUCUACAGGAGCAGAGCAGACUGCUGACUCUUCUAGGAGCAGGUUUGACAUUUCCUGUUUGUACGUCUUUGCUGUGGAUUGGCGUACCGCUGGUGUUGACAGACUCUGCGAAGCUCCCAUUGUUCCCAGCAUCAUCUCCUCCAUCAGAUCAAAGAAAGCCUGAGGAUCAUCCUGUCCUCACAUGUCCCAGUCAGGGUCUCUCGGGUCCUGUGUGUCCUGCUGUGGGGAGAGUCAGCACCAGGUCUGGAAGAAAUUCUCUGUGUGCAGAGCCAAUGCAAAACGCUGUUGCGCCUCGCUCUCGUAGCUCCUCCUUAUUGCCUGAGGAGGUGAGUCACCAGCUGCUUUUCCACUGCGGGACCAGUGGAGCUCACGAGGGCCACGACCAGCCUGUACUGUUUAAGAUACAAAUUAGAUGCCAAAAUGAUGCGACAGAGCAGAAACACUUAACUCCUGUCACAGUGACUGACCAGACUGUACGUACAGAUGGAGACCAGGACCCAGUCAGUCUGUCUGCAGCGAGGAACAUCCUGCCAGCUCACCCUGACGACAGGUGGAUCAGAUCUGCUGUGAGGAGGAGCGAGGAUCUCAGAGAGUUUGUAGAAGAGCAGCUGAAAGUGACUGAAAUCUCUGAGCCAAAACAGGCGAAGAACUGUGACGGAUCAGUGAGGUCCAAAGAAAGACGUCACUUCUUGCGGGACAGUGAGGAAAUUUCCAGGAUGGACAGAAAUAAUUUGAAGGUCACCGACCAGCAGGAACUCCAGAGGAGGGCUUCCCUUUGCCAGCAGCUGCCCAGCAGGAAGCUGACCUCUGGCAUCCAGAGGCGCUCCUCUGCCCCAUCUACGGUCUUUAAAGGCGAAGGAACGCAGCUUGAAACCUUCCAGUCUCUGACCUUUCCAUCUGAGCACAACCAAGAGUUUGGGACUUUACAGGACUUUUCCUCUGGUUCAUAUAAUCCUCAGACACCCCAGUACAGCCAGAGAGAGACUCAGACCCAGGCUCAGAUCGAGGACUUUUCCCAGGUCCGCUGCCAAGAACAAACUUACUUCAAGACUCCUCUCCUUCCCCAGUCUGACACAGUUUCACAAGUCCAAAUAAAAGACAUCGCUGAGCAGCACAUGACAACAGAUGGAAAUGGGAACUUAAAAUUUCAGUCACAAGAGACAGAAUACAAAGCCAACAAGUCCAGAGAGAGAUUUCAGUUGGAGGGAAAAGAUGGCCUUCGUUCAACAGAGACAGAACACAGAGUCAAUCAAUCACUCUCUGAGCUGACAGCCUCUGUUAGCAAGGCUUUCAGAGGGAAAAGGGUGAGGCACCAAGAAAUGGAAACUAUAGGAAAAGUUGUUGGUGAAAACAAGGUGGAAGGUCAGACUGAACUCACAGCACCUCAGAGAAAACUGUCUGCCACCUCAGAGGAUCGAUGGGAACAGUCCCUGCAGCAGAACCACACACAUGUCUGGGCACCCAAACAUGCAAACAGUGCGUAUGAAUCAAAUUUAGUGCAACAUUUCAACAUUUCCCCCCCUUUGAGAAAGAGCAGCGUUUCCCCUCGGGCCUGGAGAAAUCAGGAAGUUAUUGUUAGUUUUAAGGCAGCGAACGACCACAUACAGAGAGUCUCAAGCUCGAACGUGGAAACUCUAUCCACAGGCUGUGAUGAAACAAAAACACAUUUUCAGCUUUGCAAGUGCAGAGAGUCAAAACCAGGAAGCAGCACGGGCUCACUCUGGGUCAAAGGUCGAGAACAAGCUUCAACAGCAGCAACAGCAGUUUGUCUCAGUGCAUCAAACAACACAAGUCAGGCUUCCACACCUCUGAAAUACUGUACAUUUCCCAUGCAUUCCACCACGAGAAGCAGCAGCAGCGAGGACGGAGAUAACCCACCCUCCCAGUGUCACCAGUUUCCCAAGCUCCCAUCCCGUCCUCCUUGUCUUGGGCCUCAGGAUUCCUAUUUAGAGGGUGAUUAUGCCAGCGAUGCUCACAGUGAGGCUGAGGAGGGAUGGAUGUUCCUGGGAAACUGAAGCAGGACCAGAGGCCUGGAUCUGGGCUGGUGCCUCAGCAACAACCCUCCUCCUCCUGCCUGAACAAAGACAAUAGAACUCAUGAAAGCAGAGCCGAACCUGUGAGGAGCUCCAGCAGGGAAUCGAGAAGGACUGAAGAACAUCUGACCUCCUCAGAGCACAGACGGACAUCUGACAGAGAAGGUCAGAGAAACUCACUGAAACCAGAAAUGGAACAAGAUGAUCCAGAUAAGAGGAAGGUGGCACAAACAUCAUGCAGAUUUCACAGAGGAAAAGCCGAGGGAGGCUGCAGAGGAGGCAACAUCCUGCGUGACAGAGACGAGAAUCACGUCAAGAGUCUGCUGCAAACUGGAAUCCAGGGAAGUCCAGGCCCUCAGGCAGCAGAUGGAGGCCCUCCAGCAGCAGUUUAACCAGAGAGACAGCGACUGGUCUGUAGUUCGACGCCAGCUUGAGGAGCUGAUCAGAGACAACUCUGAGCUGAAGAGGAAACUGACAGUCACACCACAGCGCCGUCUACUGGCCGACCGAUGCACUGCAGCAACACACACUGAGCACCAGGAGGAACAAACACAGGUAUGAUUACUGUGUGGUCUAAUUCUUUCAGAUCACAG